AUGAAGAGUUCAAUAUCCAUAUACUGCUUGCUGGUUGGCAUUGGGGGUGGGGUGCCAGUUGAGACUGACGAAGGCAUGGUUCGGCUGGGCCAUGUGGUUGUCAGUAAGCCAACUGGUGAACACUCUGGAGCCAUACAAUACGACCAUGGAAAGGCAAAUCGAGGCCAUCUUGAACGCACUGGCUCUCUUAUGCCGCCUCUAGCGGCACUUCUCAAUGCCGCAUAG